UUCUCUCCAUCUGGGAACAAAGGUCGCGUUUCUCAAGGUGCUUCAAAACUCGCUAAUUGUGUGUUAAAGUGGAGCCUCGGCACUCUUUAACUUGAAACGCGCUCUACGCUUUAUCGUAGCCAUUAUCGGGGCGAGGCUCUGACACCAUCUAUUGACAAUGAGUCAGAAAUGAACCUCAACCCGAGCGCUCCUCGCCUCCAGAGCUCAGUCAGUCAAGCAACAACUAAAGCCGGUUCGGUGUGAGCUCACCUUUAUUUCGCUACCUUCCUGAAAGCAGAAACACACACACACACACACCAGGAUCAUGCCUAAACCAGUCAACGUCCGCGUCACCACAAUGGACGCCGAACUGGAAUUCGCCAUUCAGUCUGUCACCACAGGCAAACAGCUCUUUGAGCAGGUUGUCAAGACAGUGGGUCUGCGAGAGGUCUGGUAUUUUGGCCUGCAGUAUAUGGACAACAAAGGAUAUCUCACCUGGCUGAAACUGGAGAAAAAGGUGUUAUCUCAGGAUGUGAAGCGAGAGACCCCCCUACAGUUUAUGUUCCGGGCGAAGUACUUUCCUGAGGAUGUGGACAAUGAGCUGAUCCAGGACAUCACACGCAAGCUAUUCUUCCUUCAGGUGAAAGAAGACAUCUUGACUGACAAUGUCUACUGCCCCCCAGAGACAGCCGUGCUACUGGCUUCCUACUCGGUGCAGGCCAAGUAUGGAGAUUUCUCGAAGGAGUCACACAAGUCUGGUUACCUUACAUCAGAGCGUCUGCUUCCCCAAAGAGUCCUUGAGCAGCACAAACUCUCCAAAGAUCAGUGGGAGGAGAGGAUCCAGGUUUGGCAUGAGGAGCACAGUGGCAUGUUAAAGGAAGACGCUAUGCUGGAGUACUUGAAAAUCGCACAGGAUUUGGAGAUGUAUGGAGUCAACUACUUCGACAUCAAGAACAAGAAAGGAACAGAGUUGUUUCUUGGUGUGGAUGCUCUCGGACUUAACAUCUAUGAGCAUAAUGACAAAUUGACACCAAAGAUCGGAUUCCCUUGGAGUGAAAUCAGGAACAUAUCAUUCAAUGACAAGAAGUUUGUCAUCAAACCAAUUGACAAAAAGGCCCCAGACUUUGUGUUCUAUGCGCCUCGCCUGCGCAUCAACAAGCGUAUCCUGCUGCUGUGCAUGGGGAACCACGAGCUGUACAUGCAGCGCAGGAAGCCCGACACCAUCGAGGUACAGCAGAUGAAGGCACAGGCAAGAGAGGAAAAACACCAGAGACAGAUGGAGAGGGCCCUGCUCGAAAAUGAGAAGAAGAAGAGAGAAAAUAUUGAGAAAGAAAAGGAGCAGAUGGAGAGAGAGAAGCGAGAAAUGAUGAUGAGGCUUACCCAGUUUGAGGAAAAGUCCAAGAAAGCAGAGAAAGACUUGCAGAUGCAGCUGGACAGGGCCGUGCGACUGGAGGAGGAGAGACGAAAGGUGGAGCAAGAGGCUGCUCGUCUGGAGGCUGAGAGACAGGCGGCUCUGCUGGCUAAAGAAGAGCUGGCAAGACAGGCUGAAGACCAGCUGAAGAGCCAGGAGCAGCUGGCUGCAGAACUUGCGGAGUACACUGCGAAGAUCUCCCUGCUGGAGGAGGCCAAGAAAGUCAAGGAAGAAGAAGCUGACCAAUGGCAGAGCAGGGCUAGAGAGGCACAGGACGACCUGGUGAAGACUCGUGAGGAGCUGCACUUGAUGAUGGCUGCUCCAGUACCACUACCGCCACCGCCGCCCAUGCUCAUUGCAGAAGAUGUCCACGUGGAGGACCACGAUGACCACGAGGAAAACAUGCGAAGCUACAGUGCUGAGUUCCAGGUUGAAGGCAUUGAUAACAACCGCAAUGAGGAGGACCGUCUCACCGAGGCUGAGAAAAAUGAGCGUGUGCAGAGACAGCUUAUGGCCCUGAGCUCUGAGCUGGCAGAUGCACGGGACGAUUCCAAGAAAACUCAGAAUGACCUUCUGCACAUGGAGAACAUGCGUGCUGGAAGAGACAAGUACAAGACUCUGCGUCAGAUCCGUAUGGGCAACACCAAGCAGAGAAUAGAUGAGUUUGAAGCUUUGUAGAGACUGAUAUCAAUUUUGAAUAACCUCAACCAAGACAAACCAUCCUGCUAGCUCACCAGUGGUCUCACUUUCCAUUUGGUGUCCAAAUAACUGUUAUUUAGCCUUUCUGACUGUUAUUUAAUCAUGGUAGGUUUAUUGAAAAGGAUUGUAUUUGUAAAGAUUCCUAUGUUUGGAUUAAGGUGUUAUGAAGUGAAGCAAUAUAGAAUUAAGGUCCUUGUGAUUAUGGUUACAGGAGGUCUUAGUUUCCGACCAGCUCAUGAUCCAGUUUGGAGCCUUAACCCACUGGAAUGCAUCUCACAAUAAUCUUACCGAAUUAUGUUCAACAUAAAUACAACUGUUGAAUCCCCAUUUUUAUGGGUUUUAGAACAUUAUGCAAGAGACAUCCAGCCAAGAUCAUAUUUAUGCUUACUGUGCCAUAGCUCUUUAAAAUAGAAUAAUUUAAAAAUAGUUUCCAUCCUUUUUUCUUUCUUUGUAAUAUAGUACUGCUUGCCAGAGAUUUAUAGAUAAUAAAAAUCUCCCUAAGAGAUCAGGCUGGCUGCUGAAGAGACCAACUGCAUUCAUUUUUUAGCGCUAAAGAAUUGAAAGGAACAAAAUGGAGGAAAACUUCAAAUGUCAUUUUUCUUCAUGUUUUUAGACUUGGUUAGCCAUUUUAAGUACUUAUUUACACUAAAUUUGAUUUUGAUAAAUCUUUAUAAUGACAACACAUCACAUUGUUGAGCUUCUAUUACUAUGUGAGAUUUUAAGAUUUAUUUUAUUAAUAAUUUGAAUUGUAUCUAAUUUUGAAUUCUGGAAUGCCAUGAUUGUAUGGGUUAGAAUUUGACUUCAACAUGCCAUUCACAUAUGCUUUAAUACACAUAUCUACCACAUCAAUGUUAAAUGUUCAAAAUUUGAUGUGGGCCAAGUACAGUUUAUAAAAUAAAAGAAAAAAAACACAA